GCUGUGACUCCACCACGUCAGCAGCAAUUCCUCUCCAGCCAAUUUCGCUUCGCCCCGCUAGACAUUAGGCCCGUCUUCCGCAGAACUCGUUGGAAGCAUAUACAUACGCACGUAAAUAGUCUAGCAAGGGUUGGGUUGCUCAUACAUUGUAGCGCUGGUGCUACCAAUUCAGCAACGAUUCCGCAAGAUGGCCGAGUCAGGGCGCCCCGACGACGUUGGUGGGAUGCCGUCCGCGAGACCAUUCCUCCACGAGCUUUUCCCGGUGCACCGCUGGCUCCCAGACGACGAGUCCAUCCCGGCUCAAUACCGUCCAGGCACGAAUAGCUCGUCGUCCGCCGAGCCCACCUCGUACAGUAGCAUUCCCCGCCGUUUCCUGAAGAACCUCACCGCGCGUCUGGUCCGCACUUUGGAUGGUCUCGUCAUAUCCACAACGAUCCCGCCAGCACUCGUGCAGCUGCUCCCGAACGUCCGUCCCGCUUGGAUACUAGAGGCAUCGCCAUGUGGAAACUUUUUGGCGGUGCUUUGCGACUCGAGGCUUGAGGUCCGUUCGCGGACAGCCAACUUUGAAGUCACUGGGGUGGCUCGCCUGGACAGGGACGGAUUUCCUUCUUGGCGGAGGGUGGCCUGGUCGUUUGAUUCUCAGCUUUUGGCCGUCUCAGCCAGCAACGGGAGGGUAACAGUCGUACGGAGUGAUGGGGCCAUAAUGUGCGUCAUAUCGCCCAAGAGCAAAGGGAGCGGCACUGGGAAGGGAUCAACAGCGCUGCCCACGCAACCUGUCCAAGUCGAUUUGCAGGCGUUGGGCGAAGGGAAGGGCAAUGAUUCAGUAGGAUUCAUAGAUCCAGUAUCAAUUCUACUCUUCCUGCCGCCUCAGCGCGAUUCGAAGGAUCCUGAGUUGUCGUUCGAAGGACACCCAUAUACCCAUGAACUGCUUGUCAUCACGUACGAUGGCCUGCUCAGGAGCUAUCUAAUCCACAAGGACGAACUUGGAAGCUCCCUGCCGCCACCAAACACCACCUCGUUCGUCCCUGCCAUGCACACGAGGCGUGCCAGUUCACCCGGGCUGUCCAUGCUACGGGAAAGCAAAUCACACGCGGGUCGCAUCACAUUCUACCACAAAUUCUCAUUUGACCAUUGGCACGAGUGCGUCUGCACGGCGACCAUUGAUGUGGAGCGUGGAAUCAUGCUGGUCAGUGGGAAGGCAGUACAGAAGAGCAAAUCAAUGCACUCCACGAGUGCGGCAACUGGGCCCGGGAGCAGUGUCGUGUCGGAAUGGAAACUCUCCUGGGACAAGCCUUACUAUCAUAUGGAGGGCCUGGAGCUUAGCGAGAGAGUCGUCAGUCCUCAUGGAUCAGACGAAGAGGACGACGAGCGGGGAGUAUGGGGCGGAUUGCGAAAAGCCUUGUCAGUCAACUCGGUGUUGAUGUCGCUGCAGCCGUCCCGACGGCGGUUGUACCUCGAUACAAUACAUCAGAUUGCCCUCUCACCUAAUGGGAAACGAUUGGUCACCUUGGAUUGCGGGGGCACGUUGAAGCUAUGGGAUGCACUUCGGCUCGAUCUGGUGUGCGAAUGGACUACCUCCGCCUUACGAAAGAAGCUCGGGCUUCCCUUUUCAGAGAGUGCGGACAUCGCGAAACAGGUUACUGAACAAGGACCCGCGACGACGGUCCCGGAUAUCUUGACCUCGAUGGGCUGGUGGUCCGACUCGAGUGUGUUCCUAUCAUUCGGAGACGGAUAUGUUCGAGUAGUAGCCAUCCCAUCCCUGAUGGGACUCUUAGUGGCCGACGUUCCACCAUUUCCAAAGAUGCCAGACGCCGUUGCGCUGCAACCAGACCGCAUCUUCAUCCUAAUGCACGAGACGGAGGUUGUGCGCCUGCGUUUUCGUGAUGGCAUAUACACACCGAUUCGGACCGUCGUAGGAGACUACGACACGGAAGGGCCUACCAGCGGGGCGUUGAUAUCACGAGACAAAGCGAGAUCUAUCCUGGAAAUCAUCGUUUCGCUUCUCUCCCGCCCACUACGUAUCUUCACCUCGACAAUUCUUUGGCACUGGGAAGAGGACGCCUCCCCGUCACAGAAAACCGUUAUCGUAAACCGCCGCCACUAUCAGCUCAUGUGCCUGCUGAAAACCACACCCUUGGAAGCCAUGCGUCGCAAGAUCCACGGACAAGAGUACGAGGCCGCCCUGCAGCUUGCCCAUGAGCAUGGACUGGAUAUCGAUGAGGUGUACAAAGCGCAAUGGAUGCGUGCGGAUGUCACCGAAAACGCGAUUGCGGAUUAUUUGGCGAAGAUAAAGGAUAGGGAAUGGGCUUUGAGAAGCUGUGUGGAAAGGGUUCCGGCGACGUCGAAAGCUGCUAGGCUGUUGCUACGAUACGGCCUGACGCAGACCGACGUGAUAUCGUUACAGGAUGUUGAGCGAGAGGUCGAGGAAUUGCUGGAUGAGAUUGACGAAGAAGCCGUACACCAUGCGAGGGUGGGUGUAAACAUGUUUGGAGCGUCAACAGCGACAAUCUGCACAUACCGUGCCCGAAUAUUGAAAUACCUAGACCGUCUGGAGACCCAUGCCGCGAUAUUUGCUGGCUCGUUCGAUGAGGAGGACGCUGAUGGCCAACGUAUCACCUUUGCUGAGCACUUCGCGUGGUUUCGCGACUGCAACCUCGUCUUGCAGGCUGUGGAUUUCGCGGUGGAUGAGGAUACGGUGGCCUUGGAACAUCUGUUCACCCGCCAUGGGAAGGACAUCUUACCGUAUCGGUUAGCUGUUCUGGACCACAUUCCCGAGACCGCUGAUCCUACCGAUUACAAACACUUGCUGCCGAGAAUCGAACCAGCAACACAGCGCGAGAUAGAAUGGCAAGUCAUUCCGUGGCGACGGCCCGAUUGGACCGAAUCAGACAGCGUUAGGGAGUUUCUGGAGAUGGUUGAGGACGAAGAGGAAGGCGAAUCCAACAUGAAUUCUAUCGCGACCACCUUACGCAACUCAACCACCCUGCCUCCCGAGAUCAUCUGCACAGUCUACCCAGCCCCUCAACAAGUCCUCAGCGAAUGGUACGCGUCCCGUGCCCGCUUCAUGGAAGCCGCAUCAGGGCAAUCCGACCUUGCCCUUGACCUCGUCCGACUGGGCAUCCAGCAUCACGUGAGCGGUCUAGAAGACCUCCGGGAUAACCUCAUCACGUUGGGCAAACUACUUUACGAAUGCUACGAUCCGACUUCGAAGGAUGUGGUAGAUCUAUCUCUGGAUCGGUUGUCCAGGUUGUCACCUGAGGAAGUUCUGCGGUUGUUUGUGGCGCAGUCAACGGACGAGACGAUCGUUAGGGACGUGAAGCGCUUCGUGCUACCGUACAUAUGUAACCGCGCCAUUAGAGCAGACCCGUCGUUGAAGGCAACGAGACCCGGCGAUGAGUACGGGUUCCAGAAGCAGUCGAGUCUGACUGCUUCGAAUCUGCAGAUUCUGUAUGGCUGGAUCGCGAGCGUCGCGGAAGAGCAUCUGGAGUGGUGUACGCUGAUUCUGGAGGAUUCGGUGGCGGCUGGAUCUGAGGAGGAACGGAUCGUGAGCGCGGAUAAGCUGCCGGAGCUGGUGCUUGAGUGCGCUUACCGAUGCCACCGGUCCGAUGCUGCCGUAGGGGCGCUUUACGACCGGUUGCGACACUGUUUGCCGGUGGAAGAAAGUGAAGAAGAAACAAAGGGUGGUCGUAGGCAGGAUGGCGGGAAACCUGGUGCGGCUAAAGCGCAACGGGGCUCGUCGAGUACGAGGAAACCGAAACCGUCAUCCUGGGAAGAUGAGUUGGAUAUCACUUUGGACGAUGUUGCGAGUACUGCUGCCGGAACGCCAAAAGGCUUGAAAGGUCUCGACCCGGAACUCCAAGCGCGCGUUCGGAGGUUCAUUGUGCAUGUCAAAGUCGCUCAGAUUCUUGCAGAGUACGGGCUUCCCAAACCCCUCCCAUGGCUCAAGGACGCCGAAACGCAUCCAGAACAGCAGCGGGCCUUGCUGUUGUUGCUUGCACGCCAGUCCUCAGGUGACCGUGCUGCACCUGCGGGCUCGGUAAUUCCCGCAGACGAAUCGCGGUUCGACGACGAUGAGGACUGGAUGGGUUUGCUGACGCACAUGCUUUCGUUGCAUGAGAUGGGCGUGCUGAGUCUUGUGCCCCGAAAGGACAUCUAUGUGGAGUAUCUCUCGGUCAUUCUAAGCUGCGGACUGUUCAAGCUCGCGAAGCGGAUCAUGCACCCUGAUCGGAAACUGCCGCCCUUGUCCGCGGAUGCCAUGGAGGGUUUGUUGAUCAAUGCCGCCAAAGAGUAUUACGACAACGCCGAUUCCGGGGAUAUGACUCAGGGUCUGAUGAGAAAAGCGCGAGAAUGUUUGAACGUCUUGCCAUCGUCGCCGGCUCUCCAGACCGAACUCGAUUUCGUGCAAGCUACUCACCAGCUCACCGUGCGAUACAACCUCACGUCCGAGAAUACCGGGGAUAUCAUCCUACCGAUCCAGAUUCGCCUCCAUCCCGAUCGGGUCCAAUUGAUAGCGCGCCUCCUCUAUUCGGAACCAGACGCCUAUCGCGCUCCACUCGACGAUCUGACCCGCAAGAUCCUCCGCGAGCAAUACAGCGCAACCGCCAAAGCGCGCGUUCAUGCCCUUAUCGCUGAUGCUGCCCUGCGGGCGGGCGACUGCGACUUUGCCUACAAGACCUGCGAGGCGCUGUUGAUCUUCAUGGACGACUUGCACCCAUAUUCACGUGACGUGGCGAACGCCGUCUGUGAGGUGUGCAUGGGUUUGGCCGGGGUCGCCAGCUGGCGUGAAGUAGAGAAGAAGAUGAAGCUUGUCGGCCAUGCUUUGACGCUUUGCACGGAGGAGAAGAUGACGGAGGUGUUGGGCGUUUGGACGCGCCUGGAGACUGAGAGGGUCGCCUUGAGUGCUGUGAGGAGCGCGAUGACUCAUGGGGAGGGGGAGAAUACUGAGGAGGAUGCUCUGAGUCUCGUCGCAAACCGAUCAGCUGGGGACGGUGCUUAUGUCUUUAGUCAUGAGAAAGCGUUGGGAGAGCUGGAACGCCAGGCAUUGGCGUUUGAUGAUCCGGUGUUCGCUGCAAGCGAAGGUCAGAGGUUAAGUCAGUCCUCCUUUUAUUCGACGGAGCCCAACAUCAUCAUCAAGGGGAAGAGAAAGAGUGAGAAAACUUCUUCGGCAAGACGAAUCGUCUUGGAAGCCCUCAUGCGCCUAAAAAGCGUCCAAACAUUCAAUGACGAUCACGAGAACAGGCCCGCGUCUAAUGAUCGAAAGACAGACGAUAGUCAGUACGAUGCAGAGUUGCUUAGCUUAGCUCGGGAGUGGUACGCCACAGACGCAACGUAUGCCCUCGGUUAUAUGCUCGCCAUCAAGGAGGACACGACAGCAAAACGAUUCUUCGAGGAGCUUCCUGCGUCGCCGGUCAACGAGCAAUUGGCUUGUUAUUACUUUGCCGUACGCGCACUGCAUAUCGCCUUAGGUGAAGAAGACAGGGCAGAGUUGAUCAAUGAGCUGUAUCGAUGUGACCCAGCGGACAUCCUCUCCAGAGUUCGUGAGAUAUCAGCGAAAUAUGGCGUCGAUGAGUCUCAACCCCCGGAAUCGGAGAACAGCGGUUGGGACUUGCAUCUCGAUGAGCACACUACCGUGGCAGAUUUUAAGGCUCUUUCCCAAAACACCGCUACCUCCCCGCAUGUCAAAACCUUACUCGCCACUGCGCUUCGCCAUGCCACGUCCAUGGCAACCAAAUCGCAAGCACAGAAACUUCGCUCGCUCUAUGACAUGCCUGGUGUAGACAUCGCCCGGUUCGAGGCGGACCCGGCGUACCGUCGUGAGGCGGUGCUAAAUUUGGCACGGACGGUCGACAUUGCUGUGUUGGAGCGGGCCUUUGUUUUGGCCAAGCAUGUGAGCAUCGAUGAUUAUGAUGUUGCGAUCGAAGCACUGGAAUGGUGGUUUGCGAGCGAGGCAGCUGGCGAUGUGCAAGCGUUGAUUGAGAAGGUGAAGCCCAUCGUACAGAGGAGUGAGAAGAUGCAAGAUACUGUCGACCGGAUCGGACAGUGGCAUGCAAAGAUAUCGGGGACUAGUCGAACAAAGCUGCUGCAAUUAUACAAAUUCCUUGUUGACUGUGCCGAGUCGACACAAACGCACUUGGAGACUGUCCCGCAAGUCAGCCUCCGCAUAGACGUGCUGCAAAGGCUCGCCGCUGGCGGUAAAGCCUUGUCCAUUGUCGACUUCAAGGAGCUCAUUUCCUCACAAAGUGCGGAUGUGGACACCUUUAUCAACGCUUUUGGCCCUAUUCGAUCGAUUCCCAUUCUUGAGGUUGUCGCGGCUAUCGUGCCCAGUGUGCUACAGCUAUCCCCAAUCGCUCUUUUUGCUGAUGAGGUUGAUGUCGUGGAUUUACCAAAAGCAGUCGUCGCUGCACCCGGCAUUGUGAGCAAACUUCACGCACACUACCUCGAUUCCAAAUUACCGAGCGUGCCUUGGGAGUAUCUAGAAGAACAGAGUGUUGCCGCGCAGUUGUCUCAAUUCAUGAUUUUGUUUGAGCACUUGAGCGCGGAGGAUUUGCUUCAGAUUACAAGAACCCUCACGGUCGCGGAAUCGGCGAUCGGAAUCCCUGUGAUAUACCGGCAAGAUCUUGUGUCAAAGUCUGAUGCGCUAAUGCAACAGCACGCUGCGGCCGGGAAGGUAUCCGAAGCACAUUUGAACGAAAUUCGAAGCAUAAAGCGCCACCUGAACCUAAUCGGAGGAUUGGCGUCGCUUGUUGAUAAUGACUAUGGGGAGACCAUUGCCCCCGAGCGUGUACAGCAGUUCGAUGCCUUAUAUGGAAAGGAGACGAAUCAGUUUGCAGGUGUCGUGAUGCGGAUGGUCAUUGGGGGAAUAUCCCCAGUACUGGUCUACCAAGCCUGCAAACUUCUCAGUGCUGCAUUUGACCAGGAUCUGACCAUUCUGUACCCUGCCACUUUGUACAAAGAAACGGCGUGGAGUAUCCUCGGCGUACCCUCCGCUACACCUUUUGAGGGCGUGUUUAGGCGUGGAGUGGACUCACCCUUGGCGGCAUUCGAGAGAGUUCUGGGCAGUGUGGCGCCCUAUGCGCCUGCUCCUGCUGCUGAAAUUGGGAGCCCACAAGCGACGGCUGAAGGUGGAUGGCACGUCCAUGGGAAUGACGAUUUUCGGGAUACGACAUCACCGAGCACGUCAACAUCCACCGCACCCACGAAAGUGAAUGAGGGAUGGGACGAUUGGGAAGAGGAUCACUCUGCAAAACCCAAAUUGAGUCCCCGGCCGUCGCUGACCGUGGAUACCUCGCGCACCCACCCAGCACCCCAGCACCCAUCUCAGACGGACAUCGACAGCGAAGGGUGGGACAUUGGCCACAUCGAAGGCCUGAGCCCCGUGAAGACGAAACCGGCGGCCCCUGUUGAGCCGCUCACCAUGGACAGCGGUUGGGAUAUCGACCUCCAAGGGCUCAGCCCCGUGAAGGAGAGCAAACCCGAUGUGGAAUCGAGCGAGAGUGGGUGGGAUAUUGAUCACAUUCCGGGACUCAGUCCUGUCAAGGAGACGACGAAGCCUGCGGAAGGGUUGGGCGACAGCGGAUGGGACAUUGAUUACCUUGAGGGGUUGAGUCCGGUCAAACAGACGUCACAUGAACCUUCUGGGAAUCCCGGGUUGAACUCUGCUCUUUCAGACGACAAGGAGCAGGUUUCCGCAAUCGAUAGCGGAUGGGAUAUUGAUCUUAGUGGAUUGAACCCGGUGAAGUCAUCCCCAUUGUCUGGCAACACUGUUCCUGCGCCGACUCCAGGGCCGUUGGGAGGAGGCCAGGAAGGAACCGUAACGCCGCAUACACCGUCCAAGCCGGCGCCAGGACUUGAGGACGUCGUUCCUCCCUCAAAGGCACAAACAGCUGGCGAUGUACUCUCAGAGCCAUUCGACGUGAUCAUGGUCAACAUCAUGAAGGCACUGCGCGAAUGCCUGACGACUGUGGUGAACGACCAACAGAGAUUCGGGCCCGCUCUGGGUAUGCAAAUGCUCGACCUUCUCAAACGAUAUUUCAUCCUCUCCGCGACCGAGUCGAUCGUCAUGCAACGCCGCAGGUUGUGUCUCAUGGCCGCCGCCGCUUGGAAUGUUCAGAUCCGCGAAUCCGAUCUGAUCGACAUUUCGGGCCGCCAGAAGGUGUUACAGACGCUAUUGGCCAGCACGCAGACUGCUGCGCAAGCUCAGGCCCUCGUGGCUGUCCUCUCCGAAUGGCUCCCUCCUAUCGGUGCGAGUAAUACACAGCAAGCAGGCGUAAGGGGCUACCCAGUCCCAGCCUACCUCCAACUCUACUGGAACGCGCUGCUAUGCUGGAUGGUCGAACAUCAAGAGUUCUCCAUGGCGUUACUUGUUCGCGUCGAGUUUGCAGCGUUCAACAUCCUGGACCAGAAAGGAGAGAUGAUCCUCCUGCAGACGUUGCAGGACUCACAGAAGUACGCGGAAUACUUCAAACAUGGGCUGCUGUCGCGUCACGCCCGGAUACGGAAUGAAGCGAUCAGCGAAUUGCAUAGUGUCAUGGAUACGGCCCCUUCGCCUAUGACAAAUACUCGGAAUUCGUCAACUUCCCAAUUGCAGGGCCCAUUCUCGGAGGUGGAACAGGAUCGGUUCCUCCAUGUCUUGAUCUGCGCAAGAGGACUGGCCGCGCUGGUUGCCGGCACCCCAUUGUGGCCCGCGGUCAGAGCAUCACUGCUCGCAUCCGCUCCCGACGUGAACCCCACCAAUCAAUUUGAUGGCUACAAUACCAACACUCGUCCGACGACCAACCACUCGCGCCUCCUCACCACAGUGGCCGGCGAACUUCGCGGGGCAGGCUACGUUGCCGCAGCCGCAUCUCUUCUCUCCGCAUCACCCUCCGCAUCCGGGUCCCGCUCGCCUAUCGCCUCACGUCCAUCCAGCUCGCUCGGAUUGGUUACAUCGCCUGCCUCAGGCGCUGCCGACGGCGGCGGCGGAGUGUUUGGUCGUGUCUUGAAUUUGGCGGUUGCGGCAGCUGGAGCCGUUGCGCAUCCUUUGCUUUCGGGCCAUGUCACUAGAGCGCCUAUCCCGGCCCAGGAAUGGGAGUUAGAAGAGAAGAUGCUGGAACGGGUGGCGCCGGCCUGAGAUGUUAAUUACCAUAGGGUAGGGGUUCCGGAAAUGAUACCUACGAGACGAGCGUCGACCGCAGACGCCAUAUUUAUCUCGAGUAGUUAGUCGGCCGAAUCAAGUAUCAUAACGAAGUUUUUGGGGUGUCCUGAUAUGGGGCCUGAGUUUUACAGAUUUUUUCUCGUGUACCUACAACAUGUACUGUAUAUACUGUGUGAAAUGUUAAAUGGAGAG